CCGACCGGUCUCAGCUCGAAUUUAUACGCUCACCAAUUGAACCAAAAAUCCAAACUUCAAAGCAUAUCUGCAGCUUUCUCGUUUCUUCCAUUAGUUUAAAUCACAGAGCUGGAUACACAUCCCUUGAUGUUACUCACUCGUCGUUCUUGUGUUCUAGUCCUUGAUUCGCUUAGAUAUCAAUCGCACGCUUCGUAUGCAGAAGAAGGCUUUUGCCCUUUAAUGGGUAUGGAUCUAUGGGCAUUGAUAGGGUGCUUUAUCAAAUAAUGAUAACACUGGCCAUUAAAUCAUUCAAAUUGUCCCCCGACUGGUUCGCUUUUUGUUUGCAAAAAUUCCUGAAAGAAAAGGCUUUGCGACCGGGCAAGCGAGUUCAUGCACUGUUGUUGACUACUGGGAUUGACACGAACCUGUUGUCUUUGAAUUCAAAGCUUGUUGGGAUGUAUGCAAGUUGUGGGGACUUGAGGUCGGCGAGGCUCGUGUUCGAUAAAAUUCAGAACCCAAAUGUUUUCGCGUUUAACUGGAUGGUAUUGACUUCUGCAUUUAGUGGGUACUAUGAGGAGGCAGUUGGGUAUUUUUGGUUGAUGCAAGAGCUGGGAAAUGCUGGCAAUAAGUUCACGUUUUCAAUUGUGUUGAAAGCGUGUGUUGGUUUGAUGGAUGUUGAGAAGGGCAAAGAAGUUCAUGCUGUGGCAAAGAAAAUGGGUUUUGAAAACGAUGUAUCAGUGGCAAAUGCUUUGAUUGAUAUGUAUUGUAAAUGUGAGAAAGUAUGUUAUGCUCGUCGACUAUUUGAUAGAAUGGUCAAUAGAGAUGUUGCUUCUUGGACAUCGAUGAUAUGUGGGUACGGUGGCAUAGGGAAGAUUGACCAAGCGCUCCUGUUGUUUGAGCGGAUGAAGUUGGAGGGAUUGGAACCGAAUGAUUUCACUUGGAAUGCAAUGAUAGCUGGUUAUGCUCGGUCCGGAGAUACCAAAGGAGCGUUCCUGCUUUUUUCUAGAAUGAUUAGAGAAGGUUUAGUUCCUGAUUUGGUUACUUGGAAUGCGUUGAUUUCUGGUUUUGUGCAGAGCCAGCAAGGUGGUGAAGCAUUCAAAUUGUUCAGGUACAUGUUUGUUUUGGGGAUUAAACCCAAUCAUGUGACUGUGACGGGACUUCUCCCUGCAUGUGGAUUUACAGGUUCAACUCAAAGGGGGAGAGAAAUUCAUGGGUUGAUCUACAGGAUGGGGCUUGAUGUUAAUAUCUUUGUUGCUACUGCUCUUGUUGACAUGUACUCGAAAUGUGGUCUUGUGAAGAAUGCUCAAACUGUCUUUCACAGGAUUCCUGAUCGUGACAAGAAUAUCUUGUCGUGGAAUGCCAUGAUUGGAUGCUAUGGGAAGCAUGGAAUGGUUGAUUUGUCAAUACAUUUAAUUGAGAGGAUGCAAGAAGAAGGAAUGCGGCCAAAUGAAGUGACUUUUGUUUGCAUUCUUUCUGCGUGCAGCCACAAUGGGUUAGUCGAAGAAGGCUUGAAGAUAUUUAGGUCUAUGAAAGAGAGUUUUGGGGUCAAGAUUGGAAAAGAACAUUAUGCUUGUGUUGUUGAUCUUCUGUGCCGUUCAGGAAGGAUGGAAGAAGCAUAUGAGUUGGUGAAGGAGAUGCCUAUACUAGUCCCUGAGUCGAUUAUUGGAGCUUUCUUCAAUGGUUGUAAAAUCCACGGAAGAAGAGAUCUAGCUAAAAUGAUGGCUGAGGAUACUCUAGGGAUGGACUUGAAGAAACCUGGAGGUUAUGUGACGUUGUCAAAUAUUUACGCUGCUGAUGGAGAUUGGGAAGAGGUGGAGAAUGUAAGGAAGGUGAUGAAGAAAAAGAACAUUCUUAAGAAGCCUGGAUUUAGUUGGGUAGAAAAGAUGAAUGAUUUUGUUGAGAGUAAAAACAAAGUGACGAAGUGAAAAUGGAAGCAGAAAAGGUCAAACAGAAGAUAAAGAUGAUGGAGAUUCUAAAGAGUCGGAUGCUAUUGGUUUUGGGGUUGAAUAAUGAGGUCAGUAGUUCCUAGCCUUUAUUCUAAAGGUAAUUUGUCUUUAUCUUUCUCUUAAACAACUUUUCCACCCAUCUACACAUCGAAUAUGAUUUUUUUGGGAUAAACAUAAUAAGGAGUUCAGCUAGAAAUAAUCAACUAGGCUUCUCAUUCUCACAGCAUAACUCUUUUCCAAAUUCAGAAAUUGUUUUUUUCAAAUAUACUUACGCUUCAUUCUAAACCUUAUAAGAGCAUCAUGUUCUUUGCAUAAAUGGAGAUAGAAGAAACUGCAGCAUUCCAGAAGCGUCUAUGCAUUACAAUGCUCCUUGUAAAUUUUAAGGACUUUAGGCGCAAAUUGUUCUGGGUCACCUGAUUUGGCCCUAUGUCAUCGACAGAAGAAAGUGUUUUCAUCUUGUAAUGAGUUCCCCCCAAAAAAGAAACUGAUGGAGAAGAAGAAAGAAACUUUACAAUGUGUAAUUCCAAUUUAAAUUACAUCCCUUAGGUCAAAUUGGAACCGAAUUGCUGAGUUAAAUAAUGCGUUUGUUAACAACAUCUGUCCUUUUUCUUUUCCGGCAAGAGUGGGUAACAUUCGUCAAUACCACAAAACAGGAUAUAUUCAUCUCUUUUUAGAUCAAACCUCUGUACAGAAGACUUUAGUUCGCUGAUUCAACUAAAUAAAGUUGAGAAGCUAUUUCUAGCAACCAAUUUUCCCAGAAAGUAUAACUUGUGACGUUUUGUAUAAUUCAAUCUGUUUUCUCGAAGAAAAUCAUGGCCACUUCUUCAAAUAUCUCCUUUCUCUAGAAGAAAAGAUCAUUCAUUAAAAAGAAAAAGCAUUUUAGCAUAGUGAGGUUGCAAAGAUUUAGGCAAAAGAUUAGAGAUGGAUUUGUUAGUGUAACGUAAAUUUAUUUGAAUUUUG